CACACGUGCCUUGAGUAACUAUGUAUAAUCAAAGAAAUCUUUCUAAAAGUUUCCGACGGCAAAAGGAAAAGCCAACUUUACAGCACAACCAAUCACACCCGGCAGUCAACCAAAACUUUAAAGCAGUUGAUGUCAAAAAGUGGUUUGUAAGACUACAUCGGAUGGUGGUUUUAUCCAGCCUGAGCUUUAUGAUAUACGGUUCAGUGUGGAACUUGCUUAGUAACUACUUGCAUAAUCCACUCACUUUUUACGUGGAUACGGCACACCUGCAUUGGAACACAACAUUUCCAACUGUUACACUCUGCCAGGUGGUUAAUGGAGAAACAGUGGUAAAAAUGGCAGACGAAUACUUUGGCGUAAAUCGUGACCCAAUUAUUGACAGUCUCAUCAUUGAUAUAGCAUUUUACGGGGGUACAUGCUAUUCCUGCGAAGAAUGUCACUCAAGUACAUCGCAGAACACGUCGGUGAACUGUGCUGCUCUACAAAAUUUCACCGAAAUAGUACGCCGUCAUCGGGCACCCUGCGAAGAGCUAGUCAUCGACUGCCAGUGGCAAAGGGUGUCAUUUGAUUGCUGCCGAUUGUUUCGUCCGCUCGAUACAGAAUUUGGGCGUUGUUUUAGUGUGAAUACGGCAAACCACCAUGAUCUAUCUGGGCCACCUUCCCGGCGACUCACGAGCAAUCGUGAAACGGGUCCAGGUUGGAUAGGAUUUCGAGUACUGGAGGACGUUCAGCUCUAUCUGCACGAUGAAUACAGCGUACCACAUGCAUAUGUCGAUCGCUCACUGCGGGAAACUGUGCUGUGGGGCAUGCGUAAGGAAAUCGUGGUACGUGUGAUAGAGAUGGAAAACAAAGAAACGGUGCACGAUCUGCCGAUUUGGCGUCGCAAUUGUCGUUUCCCUUGGGAAACUGUCGAUAAAGAUUAUCAACUGUACCGCCACUAUAGUUUCUCCACGUGUGCUAUGGAGUGUUUCUGGAAAACUCAACACCAGCUUUGUAACUGUACGCAUCACUUAAUGCCACAACUUCUGAAUCCUCCAGGAAUCGAAACACUUGAAUCUCAAAUGUGUUCCUUCGAAGGGCUCACCUGCCUCACCGAGCAUUCGGCGGAAAUUGCUCAAGCUCGUAAACAAUGUGACUGCCUAUCAUCCUGUGUUGAAUCAGAGUACUUCGUAGUCCACAAAUCUGAAGAUUUCUUUGCGGAAAGUGAAGAGGAUGAAGGCUUGGUUAUAGUUCGACUUUUAUCGUUACCUUACGAAAGAUUCGUGCGCAACAUUGUCAAGACGGAAAUGGAUUUGUUCAUUGCGUUUGGCGGUUUGAUUGGACUAUUCUACGGAUGGUCACUUCUGUCGACUAUAGAUUUUCUUAUAACUGUUCGUCACCUCGUCAUCCGGUUCAUCAGCUCCAUCUCUAACUAAUAGUUUGUGAUAGAGAGAUAUGAUAGGCAACUUAAAAUUGUAAGGAAAUUGUGUUACGAGGUUUUGAUGGAGUUCUCAUAAAGCUCAUAUCCUAUUUAAAAAAAACCCUUGUAAAUAGCAACUCUCCGUAUAGUUUUAUUUAGUUUGCAGCACUCCAAUUCAGAGCACCUGACGCAUUUGAAUACUGUAGCUAGUUUUAAUAGAGGCUUGGGAGUAAUGUCAAUCAUUGAAUUCCAAAUCCAUGUCGAAUUAGUUGUCGCACUGGGUGGGAUCGAUUCCGUAGUAAAGAUGACGUAUCGGGUUGGGUACCCAUAAGUGUUGGAAGUAUGUCUGGGCCGGUAUGACCGAAUAUAUCCUUACGUUUAGGAAAAAAAUACGUCUCCAAGAGAGUUUAGUUUAGGGAGGAGGGUGAGUGAAAUGCUACAGUGAUGUUUCAUAAGGAUUACGAUGGCAGAUCCGAAGAUAAUCACUGAUUGUACAUGACUGCGAGGACGAAUGCUACUUUGUCAAUGAAAAUGUGUAGAUAAUACACACCUGGAUUCGUGGUGAUACUCCACAGAUAACCAAUCUCGUAUCUCUUACUUACUUACUUAUCCGGCGCUACAACCGCUUUGCG